AUGUCAGACAUUUCAGCACCAGCAAGAGUGCACCCUGGCUCCCCAUACCACAGCGGAGGAGAGCAGCGCCACACGCUGAGAGCCCCGGAGGAUCAGUUUGUGCCACUUUCCCUGAAGUCUCGCGUCCAGAGAGCGGGGGCGGCGCACUGCGAGGACUUCUCCAACUCUCUUCAGUUCACUUUUCUUUCCUUCCACGGAGCUCUCGUCUCGGGGACGCUCUCAGCCUUUGGACGGGGCAGUGCACAGCCGAACACGGCAAUGCAAAUGGAACAAACCUAUGGAGAGGUGAACCAAUUGGGAGGCGUCUUCGUCAAUGGCCGUCCUCUGCCAAACGCCAUCCGGCUGCGGAUAGUGGAGCUGGCGCAGCUCGGGAUACGGCCCUGCGACAUCAGCCGACAGCUGCGAGUGUCCCACGGCUGCGUGAGCAAAAUAUUGGCGAGAUAUAACGAAACUGGAUCCAUCUUACCUGGUGCCAUUGGAGGGAGCAAACCACGAGUCACAACACCCAAUGUAGUCAAAAACAUCAGGGAAUACAAACAGAACGACCCUGGGAUUUUUGCAUGGGAAAUCCGAGACAGACUUUUAGCAGACGGAGUUUGUGACAAGUACAAUGUACCAUCAGUGAGUUCCAUCAGCAGGAUUUUACGCAAUAAAAUUGGAAAUCUGUCCCAGAUGAACCAGUACGAAAGUGGCAAACAGGCGCCAGCGCAAGCCAGCCUCUCCUACAACCACAUCUACCCGUAUUCCUAUCCAAACCCCAUGUCCCCCACCGGCACGAAGAUGACCGGCCCUUCUGGAGUGCCGGUCACGGCAGGACACGUGAGCAUAUCCCGGGCCUGGCCCUCAGCACACACCGUCAGUAACAUCCUGGGGAUCCGCGCCUUCAUGGACCCAGCAGCCAUUGCUGGAACAGAGGGUUAUGCGCAAAAAAUGGAGGACUGGAGCAGCGUCAACAGAACAGCCUUUCCCUCAGCGCACGGGGUCAAUGGUAUCGACAAGUCCACAAUCGAGGGCGACAUCAAAUACCCGCAGCCUUCAUCCACACUGUCCAGUUACGUGUCUGCGUGCGCCUAUUCGCCGUCCAAUCAGUAUGGGGUCUACAGUGGUCACACGGGAGGAUACGUGGCUCCGGGACACCAUCACUGGCAGCCGCAGAGUCCAGUCCUGUCCCACGCGGGGGGUGGCAUGGGCAUGCACGCAGCGGACAUUCAUGCGUCCAUGGCCUUCAAGCACCAGACGCGCGAAGGAGACCGCAAGCCCCCCAGCCCCCUCACUAAACAGCAGCAUGAGGACUUGAACGUGCACGGACUCAGUCUUGCUACCUCCUCGUCCUGA